AGAGGAUAUCAAUUUAUUUGAAUAAAAAUCGAACAUUGGCACAAUAUUGGUAGAAACUCGAAUUCAGGUUUUGGUGUGUUCUUUUUUUAUUGGCUUUAACUGUACCAAAUAAAAGCUAAAUCAGGUCUGCAAAAUUGGGGAAUUGCAUUGGUGAUACGCGCACACACCCCCACACAUCGGCCAGUGUAAGGCCUUACACAAAAAAACUCACAAAAUGAAUCCAUAUCUAUGUAGUUUUUACUAAAAAAAUUGGUAAAUGAAUAAAAAACGAAUUAAAUGUUUGUUCAUUCAGUGCUGGUCUUAUAAUUCUACUAUAUAUGUAAAAUAUAGUUGCUUUAAUAGCAAAAAAUGCUAGAUUUAUUCCACGUGUUAUCUGUAAAUAUAAUAGCCUUUUUUUGUUCUUACUACAUCAAAAGGGAAUGGGGGUCGAUGUAGCUUGUAGCCGUGUGUAUGCAUGAAUGUCUAUGCAUAAUGUCUUCUAAACAUUCUAGGAUUUGUUUCUGUGUUUGAAAAGGUGCGCAUCAUUUGCAGGCCUUUUCAACCACUAGCAUUGUACGGUUCUGUCGCAACUCCUUUACACUAAUUUAAACGGGUCUUUCAAAACAAUGUGCUUUCUUUAAAAAAUUGGAAAUGAACAUUCGGUUACGUAUACAGUUGUCAUUCAUGUGAUCGCACUGUGGUAGCUUUAUGCUAGCUGUCAUCGUUUGUUAUACUGAUGUAUUAUCGUUUCUUCUGUCUUUGUAGAAAAGAUGAUUGGGAACUUCAGCAUGAGCAGGAGAGGCGGGCUUCACACUAAAACCAACACUGACGGAUUACAGUAUUCAGGUUUCAUCUGAUUUCUGCUUGAUUUUUGGAGUAUAUCGGCCAUAUUCUUCGUUAUGGAGGGUCGUGAUUUCUCCGCUCCAGCACACCUCCUUUCAGAGCGGGCCACGAUUGUGCAUCGCGCCGCCUCUCGCAUCUCCUCCGGCGGCCACGGCUCCGUGCAACACACGCCUCAUUUUCCAGCCGGGAAAUAUUAUCCGUCUCACUUACCAAUGGCGGCGCAUUCAGGCAGUGGACUAAUGGGCAAUUCCUCAGCCUCCUUCAUGGGGACGUUCCUGGCCAGCAGUCUAGGCUCCCCUCCCUCGCACCCACCGCACCCCUCCAGACCUCCGUCCUCUCCCUCCUCUCCUUCUUACCGUGGUGGUCCGCACUCUGGCGCCUCUCAGAUCUGGUUCCCCCAUUCACAUGAAGCAGUCCCAGGGUAUCCUCGCUUCUCAGGGAGUCUAGCCCACACCUUUCUUCCAAUAAGCCAUUUGGAUCACCAUGCCAACAGCGGAGUUCUCUAUGGACAGCACCGUUUCUAUGACACACAAAAAGAGAACUUCUAUAUAAGAAGCCUUCCAUCACAGCACUCACUCAUCACAGCUAAUCACAAUAUUCAGCCCAUGUCAAGAGUGGGACCAGGACAACCCCAGGGCUCCUGCAGUAGAGAUAGAGAGACAGGUUCUGGGGUUAGCCUUCAUAAGGGUCUUAAAGACGCGAGCAUAGACCGUGGUGUAGUUUCAGACUCAAAGGAUAAAGACAGACCAACUAAUAAACAGGAUUCUAAAGACCGCCAUCUACACAACCACCACCAGCUACCCCAUCAUCAUCCCCAUCAACCCCAGCUUCAUCCACAACACCCGGUCACUAUGGAGGAGAUGAAUGCGAGGGGACACAAAAGCCUGCCUAUGGAGUACAAGGAUCAUUCACAAAGCAUGGCAAAGCCUCUUAGUGCCUGUCUGCUUAACGGGAAGAUGCAGAAUGGAGACCACGGGACUGGGGCAGAAGGCUCCAUGGCAACAUGGGGGGAAGAUGGCAUAGGAGGAGGUAAUGCAGGGUCCAACAGUGUCCAAAGCAGACAUGUAAGGGGCAGCAGUAAUGGGCGUUGCACAAAAGAGGCAGUAAGUGGAGAGAUGCGAAUCAGUGAGCAGCCUUCUACGGAAUGCCUACAGCGAAGUCAGGCACUGCAGCAUUCUUUGUCCUACUCAAGGCAUCCUCCACUGCCCAUGGGUUCAGCAGCUGGAGGUGGCCAUCCUGGGGGAUACCACUGUCUUCAGCUCCAUCCCAGCCACCCCCAUCACCCACACCACAACCACCACUCACACCAACACUCAGACUUCUUCUGCCCUCCUCCACCAGCCCCUGUGAGAAACCCCUCCUUACAUAAUAAAGGGAUCAAUACUGGUGGAUGUAGAGACCCAAAAGUACCUGGAGCCACAUUUGUUGGGGAGAAAAACGGAGGCUCCUUCCAGCUGGGCUCUGAGUUCCAGGGAGUUGAUGGUGGAGGGAAUAGUGUCAAGGACAAUGCCAUGGAAAAGACGGGAAAUGGGGAACAUCGCGUAAACUGGCCCAGGAAACAGCAGCCACCUCCAACCCAGCAGCAGCAUCCUUACAGAAAAACUGAAAAAGCCCCUGACUGGAUGCACAACCAUCACCAUCAUGUCCAGCAACAACCACAGCAACAAGUCCAUUCCCAACCACACCAAACAGUACGUUCCCGCAGUGCUGACUGCAUCAACAGUAUUGAAACAGACAUCUUUAGACCUACACUGGGUCAAGAGUCGAAACCUGUGCAUCCUUUAACCAACCAAUCCAAUAUCAACCCUCAGCCCUACAGGGACUGUUCUCACUCCGGACCUCCAACUGUUCCCUCACCUCUUGCAGGAAAGAACAUGGCCCACCAUGGAAGUGGAGGACAUGGAAGUUGCUCCAUGCAGCGAGAUGGACAAAAGGUUGCUCGUAUUCGCCACCAACAACACAGCAGGGCUGGCCCAGAUACUACUGGCACAGACCUAACUCAGGCUAAUGGGAACCAGGAGAUAAAAAGGAAGAUGGAAAUGUCUCCUUAUGGCUACAACAACAAUCCACAGCAUCUCCCACAUCAACAGUCUGCAGUUCCACCAUGGGCCAUGCAACCUCAUCAUAUCCAUUCUGAAGAGGACCAGCGUAAAGCUUACAUGGAAUCUAACAGUGCUGCUAACAACAGGCCCCCGACACAACAGCAUCACCAGACGACAGGAAUGGGUCCCCUUCCUCCUCCCCAUCAACCAGCCCCUUCUCAAAACCAGCAGGAGGUCACAAGUUUGCAAGUUGAAAACAGUGCCAUGAAGAACCUUCUGAAGUACAGCAACCAGCAAACUCUCAUGUCCCAGAAGAGCCCAUUUGGGGGGCUUGGUAGCCUCAAAACGGGGCCAAAUGGUACCAGCUGCUCUAUUCAGGGAGGCAAGCAAACUCUACCCUCUAGGAAAGGCCAAAGCCACGAGAAUGAUCGAGCAGACUGUGGUGGACGGGGGAGAGAGGUAGGAGAGUCUUCACAUAUAGAGGGGGAGGUGCGUCAGCCUCCUGUAGGGAUUGCAGUUGCUGUGGCAAGACAGAGAGACCCACCCUGCCAAGCAUCAGGCAGCCAUCCCAACAGCCAACAAGGGCGGGCUCACUCCACCAUGAAAGGCACUCCACGCUCCAUGUACCCAGCAGAUUCAACAGCUGAUGAGAGAAAAAGAGCAAGUGUAGAACACAUGGGCCAUCGGUGCCCAGACAGAGAUCGAGACACAUAUAUCAGGGAUAACAAGGAAAGGGUGGAAUUUGCACACAUUCAUCCAUCAAACAGUUGCCAUGGUGACCUCUCCUCUCAUAUCAUGGUCCCAGGUGGCACUUCAAUGCAGCCGAGCCAAUUAGGGGACACGACUGCUCAUCCUCACUCUGCUCACCACCAUUGGAUUCCACGGACAGGAAGUCCCUCCCUCUGGAUGACAGGUCACUCUUACAGCCUUGGCCACACAGCUCUGCAUCAAAAUCUCCCCCCUGGGUUUUCUGCAGCUAUGCCUGCCCAACUACAGCCAGUGCUGCCGCUAACCCAGGAUCCCUCUGCCCAGCUGGUGGUGCUACCCAGUGAACCUGCCACACACCCACCUACCCACCUUGAUGUCAUGGAGCAGUCUAGUCUGUGGCCUCCAGUAUACAGGGCCAGAGGGGCCCACUCCCAUAUGCAGCAUCCUGCUGUGUAUCCUCGCUCGCAGUUUCUACAACAACAGGAGCUUUUUGCUCUUCAGCAACACCAGCAGAUGCAGCAUCAGCAACAGUCACAUCAACCACCAAUCGCAUCACAUAGGGCAAACAAUGUGGAGCUACAGCACAGAACUGGUCAUAGUCAGGUGCAGAAGAAACCAGAAGAACACAGUAUGGAGCUAGAAGACAUUCUGUCUGACCCAAGGACCCCCAAAUCUGCCAGGUGCUAUGGUUAUAGCUCAUCCAACAGGUCCUCCUCACCUCCCCGGGGUUCCACUGCCCACUUGUCACCAUGCUGCCAGUCUCCUUGUAUCCGGCCUUACCCUAAAAGCACACCAUCUACCCCCUGCUCUGCACCAAGUCCGGUAGCUGCUACACCCCGCUCUCCUGCCAUCAGCCCUUCCCCAUCCCUGCUUCCCACAGUUACAGAGUCCCAGGGCAAGAGGAUCGAAGGGCAGCCACCACAAGACUACCCUCAGUCCAUGGAGCCUGAGCUGCCUCCUGGAUACACCUAUCUGGAAAUUGGCAUGGGCUACAGGAAUGGGGCCACCAGUCAAGACGUACAAUUGGCAGAGCCUGCUGAUCUGGAGGCUGUUCAAAUCGAACCUGUUGAGCAUGCCCCUCGAGCUCUCUCUGGCUUAGGAGAAGGCCUGGAAUGUCAUGCAGUGGUGACGCUUCAAGAGCCACAAGAUUCAACAGUGGAAAAAGACACUAGUCUUAAUGAGAAUGGACCCGAAUUUGCACAUGGGGGAGAUGUGAAAGGACUCAUGGUUAUGGGUUGCAGUGAACCUUUGGAAGCCAAACAGAAUGAGGAACAGGCCGAACUGCACAUUUGCACAACUGUUGAAGCUUCGAUCUGUGAAGUAGAAGAAGGACUAAUCCUUUCAUCUGAAGAGAAAAUCCAGCCAAAUGAUUUUACUGUUACCUUUGAGGAAGACGUGGAUAAAGACGUACCUACCAAAGUCAGGAAAAAUACUGAGACACUAGAGGAUCAGGGAGCGCCAUUAGUGGAAAAACAUUGUGUUUCAGAUUGUACACCCAACCAGUUGCCAGACACCAACAACCGAUCAGACAUUGCAAUAACAGGAGAUGAAAAACAACAGAACAGCUGUGUGAAGGUUGCGUCUCCAGCUGAAUUGCCGGAGACCUGCUCCCAGAGCCUUGUCUCAAGUUACUGGAGUUUAGAGCUCCUGAUUGCUGCAGCCUUCUGUGGAGAUUGUCCCCCUACAUCUCCACCCUCCUCUUUCUCGUACCAUAAAUGCAAUGCCCCACUCAACUCCUCCUGUCAUGGCAUGGAAUUGCUUAGCGAGCUAGCUGAUCUUGAGCUGCAACAGUACAAACAAAGCUGUGGUAAAACUCAAGGAGAGGAGGAAUGGAUUUUUGAUCUACACAGUCUUGCUACUUUGGCAACAGCUCGUGCCCUUGAAUUAAGCUCAGUGGAGAACAGCACUGCAGAUGUCGAGAAGCAAUACCCUGCCCGAAGAACUCUCAAUUUGCGCAGAAAAUGCAGCUGGACACCUCGGCAUGAGCCGGUGUGUCCAGUGAAAGGUGCUAUGGACAGUAUGGAUGGGCAAGAGUUGGCAAUGCGGAUGAGGCUAGCAGAGCUGCAACAGCAAUACAAAGAGAAACAGAAGGAACUGGCCAAACUCCAGCGGAAGCAUGAUCACCAAAAAGAGGAGAAUCCUCGUAGUCCUGCCCGCCGAGGCCCUGGCAGACCACGCAAACGAAAAUCAGCUCCUGGCCUCGGCUCUGGGAUCCUCACAGAACCUCAGAGAAAAGUCAAAUUGGUAGGAACGGCAUCAAGUCCACUGGCAGAGGAACAUCGGGGCUGCGGAGAUCCUCAGAAGAAGAAGAAAAGAUUGUCCAGUCGAGGGUUCAGCCGUCUGAGUUCCACACAGAUGAAGUCACAGUGUUGCCGGAAGAACAGUCUCCAUGAUCAACACAUAACACAAUUCAAGCAGAAGGUCCCAGGUGGACAACCAUUAUCUGGAGCUAUGUCACAAGACAGAGUGUCUUCCUCGUUGUCUAAGAACCUGUACUCCAUCCAGUGUCCCUCCAAACCGGACUCCAGACAACCCAGCACAGCCAAUGAAUCUGAGGGCUUGAGUGAUACAGGCACAAGUGGGGACAGUGGGCCACAGGAGGGGUGGAAGAGGCAAAAACCAGCGGCGAUUAAAAGGGGACGGAAGAAAAGUGCUGGAACCGCAGCUUGUGUGCAGCAUUCAGGGGGCAGGACCCCCCAGGGUAGAAGACAGGAGGUGGAUGAGGACAGGGAGACGUCCCCCCCAGAGAGCGAGUCCUCUGAGCAUGAGGAAGAUGAAGAGGAGGCCAGUUAUGGCAGUGAGGAAGGCCAAGACAUCAAAGCUCCAGCGUUCAGGAACCUGUCAUUCAGCUCAGCUAUUACAGGUCCCUCCCCUUUCUCUGUCGUCAAACUGGAAGCCAAUCAUAAGGCAAAGAUUAAGAGGGAACGACAGGAGCUUUACGGGUCUCAGAUUCACUCUCUAACAGAAGGGGACGUGAAGGUAAAGCGACGGGGACCCUGUAGAUCUGUCCCCAUCACUGUGUCCAAACCGCUAGGGGUCAGAAGACGGCCCGGCAGGCCCAGAUUGCAGGACAAGCGCUGGCCUGGGAUCUCAGCUCAUUACAGAAAGAAUAUGCCAUUUCCUGGCAGCAGCAGCGAGAGGCUAAAGAGAGCCACACGGAGGAGCCCCAUGCUGAGAGCCACGAGGAGAAGUUACUGGUCAACCAGGAGUCAGUCUCCAGACACUGAUGAUAACAGCAGUACUAGGAGAACCAGACUCAGAGAGUCUAAAGGUCGAGCGGUCAGCCGUUUGUUAGAAAGCUUUGCGGCAGAUGAGGGUUUUCGUCUGGGUGAGGACAGCAGCUUCUCAGAUGAGGAUGAGGAAAGGAAGGUUUCAUCUAACAGCAGAACUCCUUCAGCUCCGCCAAACUGUGUGCUUACCAGAGAGAUGCUGACCGAUGGACUCAAAGUUCUCAUCACUAAAGAUGAUGAACUUCUGUAUGCUGCUCGUGUACGAGCUACUGAGUCACCGGAUGUCUACAGUAUUGUUAUCGACGGGGAGAGAGGAAACCGGCCCAGAAUUUACUCCCUGGAGCAGCUCCUGCAGGAAGCCGUAUUGGACGUACGCCCUGACCAUGAGGCUGUGCUAACAGAGGGGACAAGAGUGUGUGCUUACUGGAGCGAACGUUCACGAUGCCUUUACCCGGGAUUUGUGCGAAGGGGUGGUACUGCUUAUGACGGUAAACCUGGCAGUGUGAUGGUGGAGUUUGAUGACGGUGACAGAGGGUGGAUAUCUUCCUCUCAUAUCCGCUACCUUCCACCCCGUUACCAGAUUGAAUAUGCUGAGUCUGGGACUGCACAGGUCUAUGAUGAACAGUUUGGCAAAGGCAACUCCAAAGAAAAUGAAUUAAUGAGUGAGAAGACAACAAGAACAGACACACCCAAAGCUCAGGCAAAGCCAGUUCGAGGACCAGGGAGGCCUAAAGGCUCAGGGCUAAAGAAGUCUAUUUUAAACAGUGUGGUCAAGAGUUCAGCAUCUGCUUUGCCCUGGCCAUCAGUGUCUGCACCCAGGAAAAGAACACCGGUGAACUUUUUCCAGCUCGGUGGCUCAGUCUCCAAGAAAGCAAUGAAAGACAGGGUGGCUGAAACGUCUCUCCGGCCUUCUGGCUCCACACCGACUCCAGCCAAAGGUCUCUUUGGCAGCAGCUCCUUUGAGGUGGACUCAUUUAGCAGCAUAGCCAACGGAUACUCAUCCUUCGGCAACCAGAUGACCAGGAUGUCACUGGAAGGAAAGAACACUAAUUAUGGCCAAAAGAAGCGGAUUGAGCCAGGACCUCCUCGGGGCAAAAAAGCUGAAUUUCUUAUCAAAUUAGACCAUGAAGGUGUAACAUCUCCAAAAACAAAGAACAGCAAGGCUCUACUGUUGCUGGGAGCUUCAGGUUUUAGCUCCAAUGGUGUGAGUGGACUGCCCAGGAAAGAGGCUUAUUCACACCCAGUCCUGCUGGUCAAAGACAACAGGAAAGGAGACCGAGCAGAGCUCUUGUUGAAAGCGAGACCGGUCCAGAGGAAGCCAUCGCCAUCCUUGCGCGUAAAUGAAUAUGGAGACCCGAACCUCAGCUGCCAUAGAGACUGCCACAGCUCUUACUCAGACAUGGAUGAAGAAGAGGAAGAGGAGCAGAGAAGGAGUGGCAGCGUAGCACUCGCUCCACCGAUGGGAGGUCUAACAACUGGCAGUUUUCUGUCGCGUAUGUCAGUGUCCUCGUCUUCCUCAGGUUCCUCAAGCUCGUCCAGCUCAGGUUCCCUUUCCAGUUCCAGUCUGUGUUCUUCCGACAAUGACUCGUCAUACAGCUCAGAGGAUGAGGAAAGCUCCACACUGCUAUUACAGAGCUGCUUGACUCCACAUCACUCUCUGCUCCAGACCCCCGAACCUCCUGCAGGACACCCACGACACUCAUUUGUGGCCAGAGCUGUGGCUGUGUCCAGUGUCAAAAGUGGGCAUUCCAACCACAGUGCUAGCAGCAAGCCACUGAAAAGGAAAGAGUGUCCAAGCUCGGUCUCCAAACCCUCUAAGGAUGUGGUUAAGAAGCCACGGCUUCAGGCAGAGCAGACCAAGUCCAGGUUGUCACCAGUCCUGCCAUCUAGACCGCUGUGGAGAUGGUCUGGAAACCCCACACAGCGGCGUGGACUAAAGGGGAAGGCCCGGAAGCUUUUCUACAAGGCUAUAGUGCGUGGCAAGGACGUGGUACGGGUAGGAGACUGUGCUGUGUUCCUUUCAGCCGGGAAAACUCAUCUGCCAUUAAUUGGCCACAUUGAAAGCUUAUGGGAAUCGUGGCAGAGCAACAUGGUUGUGAAGGUCAAGUGGUUCUACCAUCCAGAAGAGACCAAGUUGGCCAAGAGACAUCGAGAGGGCAAACAUGCCUUGUACCAAUCGUGCCAUGAGGACGAGAACGACGUCCAGACAAUCUCUCAUAAAUGCCAGGUGGUCACCCGUGAGGAAUACGAGCAUUUGACCCAAAACAGGAAGGCAGAUGGAAACUAUCAUGACCUGUACUACCUGGCUGGCACUUAUGACCCCAGCAGCGGUCAGCUGCUUACUGCAGACAGGAUGUCCAUACUUUGUUAGCACUGGACUUGCGUGUCUGUGUAUACUACUGAGUUGUCCGUGGUCCAGCAUCAUAGAUUGCAUCUCAUGUUGCGUUGCACAUAAGAAGCUCUGACAGAAAACCAGGAUGUAGACUACCAUCACUCUGGGGAGAUACCUGCACACGAUACCUUACCGGUAGAUGCAGUUUGUCCAUGAUCCUAUAUCUCUUCUGAGGUUACCUAACAUACAUACUGUGGAUGUAAACUCCAUUGAAGCAUCUCAAAUCAGAUCACCGACGCAAAAUGUUUAGUUUGGAGAACAUGGCACUUGAGCCGUGUUGUAGGCAGAGGCUCUGUGGGCUGUUCCCUUCACGCCGCUUUGUAUGAUUCCAGGGAUAUUUAAGUACUUAUAGAUCGAAAGAUAUAUUGAGUUCAUUUAUGUGUAUAUAGGGAUUUAUUUCCUAUCAAGCCAUACACUUCAGUACCUCUCGACAUGAUUUAUUCAGGUGUUCGUUGUACAGGUCGCUUGUGAGCGUGUCUUUUUCUCAUUGUUGUCUAUAUGUACAUAUAAAGCUAUUUUAUAUUAGUGUCUUGUACAGAGCAUAUCUUAUCAUGUUUUUAUUUUUGUAUACGUGGAUGAUAUACGGUAGUUGUUGUUGAUUUUUCUGUGAGAGGUUGAACUGAAGAUAUUUGCUUUGCACUGCACAUGGCCUGCUGAGACAGUGAGUGGAGACGUGCUCAAUUCUCUUAGGUUACACGGGCACAUUCUUCUAUCGGCUGCACUUUGGGCAUUUGUUCCUCUUAUGUCUUACUCUUUUUCUAGGUUGCCAUGUUUUCAGUCUCACUUAACUACAAAGAACCUUGUAGCAACACCUUAAAAUGGUCCCACGGGCUUUGUUAUCAAUGCCUGAAUUAAGUCAGUGUUUGUCUAUGAAUAGAAAAAGAAUAUCUCAUGUAGAAAUGUCUUGGUCACCCCAAUAUUAAAAGCAAAAAUAAGAAAUAUUGCAGGCAAUUGAAGCUGGCUUUUAGGACGAUUUGGAGCAUUUUCCUCAAAUUCACAUUAAUAUGAACAAUUGUGAAUCACAUUACUGUAAUAUGCUAAUGAAAAUCAUUGACACAAUUAUUUAAACAUCCUUUAUUUGCAGGGAUUUGUGCUUAAUUGUCAUGAAAGUCCUCAAUUGUCAUAAAAAUUGGGUUCAUUUCAAAAAUGCUGGUAGGGAUAUCAGUGCAACUAUUUAAAGUCCAACAUGUGUUAUUACUGUACCCGAUGCAUUUUUUGUCAAAUGCAUCCUGCACUGUAUUUACAUAUUGCUUUGCUUGAUAUUUUGACCAGUUGACAUUUCUAGGCACCCUCGAAGAGUGUUAUUUCUGUUAAGCGUAACUGAGAUCUGAAGGUCUUACAGUGUCGUCCUAGGGUCAGGCCACUAAAAUACAAGAACUUGCUGGAGAUCUUAGAGUAGUUGACAUACAGUCAGACUCAUUUCUCACUGUAAGGGACAAUCGCAUUCAUGCAUGAAGGAGCAUCCACUUUUUAAAAGCUCAUACAAUCACAGCAUUUCUUAUUUUGUGCCAAAUAUGGUCUGUGUUCAUUUCUUAUUAUGCAAUCUUCACUGUAUUAUAAGUCUUUUUGUUUGUCGUAUGGUUUUAUUUUGUGUUUUUUAAGUGUUUAUUUAUUGUCAGUGUUACUGUUUUACCACAAAUCCAACUGGUCAGGACUGAAAUGUUUUUGAUGGGACAUAUUUCACCCAAAAUGAAGCCGCAUGUGGCUCCAAGCUACAGUCUUUACCUCUGCCCCCCACGAAAUGCUCUGACCCUGCAGGGAAGUGAUGUCAUUCACUGACCCAUCCAUUUCCUGCACCUUUCCUACUAUCCCUUCAGAUUGCCACAUUUGGCUUGUGUUUUGCUCUUCUGGCUAUGUUCGGAAAAGCCAACUACAUUUGCCAUAAUGUGCAGUUACUAUAAUUUCCAGCAAUGCAGUGUUUUCUACUUGAAUGAACUAGAGGGAAGAUUAGCAUAGAUUUUCAGACAUUAUUACACAAAUUGGAGUGAAAAAACUGUUUCUAUAUAUCACCAAUGACAUUGUAAAAUAAGUCUGUCAUUGCAUAAUAUCAGCUUUUACUGAACUACUAUUUAAAACAGUAUAUACUGUGCAGUAUUUAUUAAGUAGCCAGCUAGAAUUUAGCAUUCCAUUCUGAACAUAGCCUGUGUUUAUGCCAUGUGACCCACUAACAUUUUGACAUCAGACUACAGUGUGAUUGAUGUCUCUAUAAGGAUCUGAUUUGGUUUAGUUAUUUAUAAAACACCUCAUGUAACCAGAGGAAAGAAUAUAUGAAAUUGUGUUGGUUGUUGUGUGUGCGCGUGUGUUGGUAUGUGUGCCUUUUUGUACUUUGCCUUUAUGUUUCACUGUUUUGACACAAGAGGCACCGGAUAGGGUCAUGAAUGUACUUAGCAUAUGUUAAGCAUCCAUUUAAUCUGAGGGCCCCACACAAGAGUUGCUAUUGGUUCCAAUCUCGUUUUUUAAUAGGUAGAGAAAUGCGAUCAGAUCCCACAUUAGAACCGGUCACAUGCCCAUGGCAAAGGUGCAAUACUACUUUGAACAGCACUUGGCGUUUUUAAGCUUUUUGCAAAGGCUGAUGGGUAACAGGAAGUGAAAAGGAGGACGCGGGAUCGUCUGUCCUAUUAAUCAGCUUUCUUUAGAUGUUGGCUUUGCUUUUUAUGCGAAAAAGCCGCAAGAUAUGUAUUUAAAAAUUGCGCUCGUCCAAGAAUCUUUCAGAUGUUCUAACGUUGCUAAUGAAAAAUGAUGAAUAUCUUUUUAUGUUUAUUAUGUUUAAUUGAUUCCUUUCUUUCAUUUUUCUUUGCUUUAAAAUGUUGUAAAGAUUGUAAAUCUGUAAACUAAGAUUAGGUUUUGGGGUAAACAUUUUUGCAAAAAAAUCAAGUAUCAACUGUAAACGUGGUUUAGUAUUACAAUUUUUUAUAGAGGACUUACGAAUAAACAUCACACUUAAAAGUAA